GGGCGUGCACGUCUGCGAGGUCGUGGGCGGCGGCGCGGGCGGCGGGGUUGAGGAGCGUGAGGAGGGCGUGGAGGGGUGUUGGUGUGGUGGCUUUGCUGCUGCGGCGUUUGCUGGGUUUGUUGCUCAUGGUGGCGGUGCCUGCUGCUGCUGCUGCGAGGGUGAAGAUCGGCGGCGUGCUUGUGAGGCCCAUUUUGUGCGGCUUGUUGCAGUUUUUGCAAUUGGUGGUGGGUUUGAGCUGGUGAGGUUUGAUUGAUUGGUUGAUUGAUUGGUUGAGAGGUAUAUGACGCCCGGUGGUGGCGGUAGAAGAAGAAGAAGUCGAGAGUAGUUUAGGUAGGAAGUAAUAGAUAGAGCGGAUGGAUGGCGCGCCUUCUCUCCCAGAAACAGAAGGCAGGCGGCUGGCAGGUAAGUAGAGAGGCCCAGCCGCAAAGACAAGAGCCACCCAGGGUAUCAAUCAGCGCACAAAGGAAAGAAGAAGUAGAAGGAAAAGAAGAAGAAGAAGAAGAAACAACCAAGGGGAUGAGAGAUGAUGAUGGGUAUGUACAACAGCAGAGUAGUACUGUACUUCGUCGUAAGUAUGUCGAGUGCAAGCAACAAACAUGCACGAGACAGAGAAAGUCACGAUACUUAACCUGCCCCAGCGCCACAGCAGGACCCCACCAGGCCGCUCCCAGUCCACAGCCCCAGAAGCAGAGGCCACAUCGCGACGGGCCCAGCCGCACCCCCCCACACACACGCACACGCACGGCGAUGGAUCAUAUGGGGGCCACCUACGCCCUACAACCAACAUUAACCUACCUGGGUUGGAUAUGUAUAGUUGCUCUCCGCAGCAUCCGCAUCCGCCUCAGACCCAAGUCUCGGCCCCAAAAGCUCACGCCCGCUCACGACCCACCCUGCGCCCCCCAUUCGCUGCUAUCUUUAACCUUUGCCCGGAAACGGGUCGUGUGCCAUCGCGGCGGGACGGAAGCAGGGAAGAAGAUUUGCUUUCUUGCUUUGCUGUUUGAUGGUGCUGGUGCAGGUGCUGGUGGCAGGGCAUUCCAUCUCCAUCGCUGUCUGCGCGGUCAGCGGCAUCAGCUGCAUCAUACUGUACCUAGACUUGUAUGUCUAGGUAUGUAGAGCUAGCUCGUGAAGUGGGGAUGACGUCUGCAUCGCUACCUGCUUGCGUUACACGCCACACGCCCUCCGACACUGGACGCCCAGGCACGCGAGCGCAAGCGCAUAGCAUACAUAGCAUCACGCGGUCCAGCAGAGCAAGCGCGCGAGACGUCUCAGCGCAGCGGGUACCGU